AUGGCCGACCAACCCGACCAACCCUUGGCUGACCCAGAGACCUCUGGUUCCCCUAUAGACCUCUCCCUCUUCACCUUCACCAGCCUGCUCAACGAAGACCCGCGAGGGAAGACCAUCAACCUGCUCGGUACUUACCCUUCGUCCAAGCCUUCAGACUCGAAUGGGACGACCCAGCUGGCGCCCGCGGUGCUGCUCGCUGAGAAGACGCAUUUUGACAAGGAGAGGAUUGGCGAGUAUGUAAGGGAUGGGAUUGGCGAGCUCCAGGUUCUGGGGGUGAACGAUAUCUACAACUGGCUCUUGGGAUGGGCAAAGUCCAGCACCGAGGCGCCCCGUGAUGCGGACGUGAAGAUCACCCUGAUCAGGGACGCGUCCGAGACGCAUAUCCGGAAAUACAGCAAGCAGGAGAUGCGCAUGGUGCACGAGACGCCGGAGGUGUACCGCUCGGUCGUCCUUCCCUACAUAGACGCACUUCCUCGAGAACGGAUCCAAUGGGUGUAUAAUAUCCUAGAAGGAAAGAGCGAGGAGCCGAUCCUCUCUUCCACGCCGACGCAUGUCCUCCUCCCCGACAUGAAAUGGGACCAGAACCCAUCAUCCCUCUACCUCACGGGUAUAUUCCGCGAUCCCAGCCUGCGGUCAAUCCGCGACCUGUGGAACAAGCAUGUGGGGAUGCUUAAGGAUAUCCGGGCGGACGCUAGGAGAGUGGUGAAGGAGAGAUGGGAUGUAGAGCCUGGAGAACUAAGGAUUUAUUUCCAUUAUUUACCGAGCUAUUACCAUCUCCAUGUGCAUAUUACAAGGCUCACCCUGUCAAUAGGGGGGAUGUACGUGGGCCACGCCCACCUGCUGGACGACGUCAUCUCCCUACUCGAACUUGACAAGGACGACGCACUUGGGAUAAUGCAGAACCGGACACUGACUUACGUCCUGGGUGAACAGAACGCGCUCUAUGAGAGAAUGGUGAACGCCCAGGUUGGGUUGGAGGCAUGA